UGAAGGAGAACCCCCGAGAAGCAAGGAGACGGAAAGCAAAGCAGUGUGCCUAGCUCUGAGUUUCCCGUCAGCCAGGAAAGGGCGAGAGGAUGGCACCCGGCAUCCCGUGAGCUCCUGGCUGCCUGGGUCGGGCAGUGAGCAGGAAAGGGAAGCUGAGGCAGGGUGCACGGCCCUUCCCAAGUUGCUCAGAAGCCCCCAGCAGCAGCACCAGCAUGCCCCUCUUAUCACCAGCAUACCGCAACCCUGAUGCCAAUGGGUUAACUCAGUCGUUGUGGAAGAUUACCCUAAGUAUAAUAUUUCUAUCGACUUUCCUACUUAUUGGACACCGAAAUCAUCAGUGGCUUAAAGAAACAGCGAUGCCUCAGAAAUACGAACAAUUAUAUGCUAUGUUUGCAGAAUAUGGUACAAGGCUGUAUCAUUACCAGGCCAGAUUUCGCAAGCCCAGGGAACAGCUAGAACUUCUCAAGAAGGAGAGCCAGACCCUGGAGAACAAUUUCCGAGAGAUACUGGUUCUGACGGAGCAGAUUGCCACGCUGAAGGCACUGCUUAGGGACAUGCAGGACGGCACGUUUGCUGAGGGGGGCAGUGGCCCCAGGGACAGUGGCCUCAGGGAUGUCACACGGGACCAGGACAACGCCGAGGUGCCAGACGAGGAAAUGUUCCAGCUGGUGCAUUACGUGCUUAAAAGGUUGAGAGAGGACCAGGUGCAGAUGGCUGAUUAUGCCCUGAAGUCGGCUGGGGCCUCCAUUGUUGAAUCUGAAACCUCGGAAAGUUACAUAAAUAAUAAGACAAAACUCUAUUGGCAUGGGAUAGGGUUCCUGAAUCAUGAAAUGCCUCCAGAUAUCAUUCUUCAGCCAGAUGUCCACCCUGGAAAGUGCUGGGCCUUUCCGGGUUCCCAGGGCCAUAUCCUAAUCAGGCUUGCCCGGAAGAUCAUCCCAAUGUCUGUCACCAUGGAGCACAUCUCAGAGAAGGUGUCACCAUCGGGAAACAUCUCCAGUGCACCCAAGGAGUUUUCUGUCCAUGGUCUUAUGAAAAGAUGUGAAGGAGAAGAAGUUUUCCUAGGUCGGUUCAUCUAUAACAAGACAGAAGCCACCGUCCAGACAUUUGACCUACAGCAUGAAAUUUCUGAAUCCUUAUUAUGUGUGAGACUGAAAAUCCUUAGCAACUGGGGACACCCACAGUAUACCUGUCUGUAUCGGUUCAGGGUCCACGGCAUCCCCAGCGACCACACCUAAAGGAACCGGGCCAAACACAGUGGCCAUUCGUCCAGCACACUGUAAGAUUCCUAGUCCUAGACUAGACUGCGCCCCUAGGAAUGGAAAAUGGGGAGUGGAGAGAAACCUCAAAGUGGUUCCUAUUUGCCAGU